UGAGUGAUUGUGAAUGAUGAGAAUGAUGGGGAAAAAAAUGAAAAUUAUCUCAAAACCCAGUGGUAAAGAGUUUUCGAUGACGAUAGACGAAUGAAGCAUUGAAGCAUAAUUAUUUAAUUCAGUGAUACCCACUAAAGGAAUUUCAUGUCGAAUAAAAGAACAAGUCUAGGAAAAGAUGUGGUAUGCGUUCUGCAGAGCCCCGUAUCAAGUAUCAAACAAAAAGGUAACUUGACUGGAAAUGUUCGCGUAUUACGGGACCAUAUUGGUGACAUAUAUGAUCUCAUUCAACAAUGGGACAAAGAUCUGAUAGAAGGCGUUGCGGUGGUUUCUGAAAUUAAGCGUUUCAUGUUAAACAAAAUUGAUGCUCAAAAGAAAAAUAGUCCAGAAUUUCCUCAUUCAAAUAAAUUGCAAGUUCUUAGUACAGAUUUAGAUAAAAUUUGCUGCAGAAUGAAAUUACUCGUUGAAAAAUUAGGUCAAAAGAGCGCUUUCAUCUUGACGAUUUUAAGAUUGGAAGAUAUGCAACAUAAAACUACCCCUGUAUUCCUUACGUGGCCGAUUUCAAAAUUCGUUCAAACUAGUCAGAAUAUUUACGAAAUGUAUCGUAGAGAAAUGGAGCUUAAAAUUUCGAUCAAAAAGGAAAUCUGUUUUUGUGCUGAUAAAUCCACGUUAGCCUUCUAUUCUAUUGCUUGGCUCCAGCAACCGUACAUCGAGAAGAUGGUGAAUUUAAAUUAUGAGGCUAUGCUUAAAGAAGCUGGCUACCCUUCACUGUACGAUAAAUCUACCAGCAAAUUAAAUCGAAUUCAAGACUGAUAUUUUAUUGGUAAGAAAAACUCAACAAUUUUUAUAAAAAUGUUAUUAUCAAUAAAUAAAAUGCUUGUACAAUCA